GACGGCGAGGCCAUGGACGCGGAGCUGGUGGUGACGCCUCCGGGCUGUGCGCACCUGGGCAGCUUCAAGGUGGACAACUGGAAGCAGAACCUGCGCGCCAUUUACCAGUGCUUCGUGUGGAGCGGCUCGGCGGAGGCCCGCAAGCGCAAGGCUAAGUCGUGCGUGUGUCACGUGUGCGGCGUCCACCUGAACCGGCUGCACUCGUGCCUCCACUGCGUCUUCUUUGGCUGUUUCACAAAGAAGCACAUUCACGAGCACGCCAAGUCGAAAAGGCACAACCUGGCCAUAGAGCUUAUGUAUGGAGGUAUCUACUGCUUUUUGUGUCAGGACUACAUUUAUGACAAAGACAUAGAAAUCAUUGCCAAAGAGGAACAGCGGAAAGCUUGGAAAAUGCAAGGCGUCGGGGAGAAGUUUUCAACGUGGGAGCCGACCAAGCGGGAGCUCGAGCUGCUGAAACACAACCCCAAGCGGCGGAAGAUCACGUCCAACUGCACCAUAGGUCUCCGCGGCCUCAUCAACCUCGGGAACACGUGCUUCAUGAACUGCAUCGUGCAGGCGCUGACGCACACGCCGCUGCUGCGUGACUUCUUCCUGUCCGACCGGCACCGCUGCGAGAUGCAGAGCCCUGGCUCCUGCCUGGUCUGCGAGAUGUCCUCCCUCUUCCAGGAGUUCUACUCGGGGCACCGGUCCCCCCACAUCCCAUACAAGCUGCUGCACCUGGUGUGGACGCACGCCCGGCACCUGGCGGGCUACGAGCAGCAGGACGCGCACGAGUUCCUCAUCGCGGCCCUGGACGUCCUGCACCGGCACUGCAAAGGUGAUGAUAAUGGGAAAAAGGCCAACAACCCUAACCACUGCAACUGCAUCAUAGACCAGAUCUUCACAGGGGGGCUGCAGUCCGACGUCACCUGCCAAGUGUGCCAUGGGGUCUCCACCACCAUCGACCCCUUCUGGGACAUCAGCCUGGACCUGCCUGGCUCUUCCACCCCCUUCUGGCCGCUGAGUCCUGGGAGCGAGGGCAGCGUGGUGAACGGAGAGAGCCACGCGUCGGGAACCACGACCCUCACGGACUGCCUGCGGAGGUUUACCAGGCCGGAGCACUUAGGAAGCGGUGCCAAGAUCAAGUGUGGCGGUUGCCACAGCUACCAGGAGUCCACGAAGCAGCUCACCAUGAAGAAGCUGCCCAUCGUGGCCUGUUUCCAUCUCAAACGAUUCGAACACUCGGCCAAACUUCGGCGUAAGAUCACCACCUACGUGUCCUUCCCCCUGGAGCUGGACAUGACCCCCUUCAUGGCCUCCAGCAAAGAGAACAGGAUGAACGGACAGUACCAGCAGCCGGUGGACAGUCUCAGUAACGAUAACAAGUACUCCUUGUUUGCGGUGGUCAACCACCAGGGGACCCUGGAGAGUGGCCACUACACCAGCUUCAUCCGGCAGCACAAGGACCAGUGGUUCAAGUGUGACGACGCCAUCAUCACCAAGGCUGGCAUUGCAGACGUGCUGGACAGUGAGGGGUACCUGCUCUUCUAUCACAAACAGUUCCUGGAGUACGAGUAG